UGUAAACCAUGAGUGUCUCCAUCUCUCGCUAUGCACAUAGUGUUUCUGUGAUUGACCUCUGACCUCUGGUUCCCAGGAAACUCUCAGUGGAAGAUCAUUUGAAGGAAGCCAAAAAGCUGAAGCACAAAGCAGAUGCUACGAUGUUUAUCAAGCCUUCCGUUGACUCUGAUGUGGUCAGUGCAGUGUCUGUGGCUGAUCUGACCAUGUUUCUCUGGUCCUCAGCUGGAUAAGAUGGAUAAAGCGCUCCGAUAUCUGGAAGCUGCACUGUCAUUCGUGGAGAGUGGCGUCGCCAUGGAGACAGAGCCACAGACGCCCAAAUCUGCGUACACCAUGUUCUCUGAGACGCUGGACCUGAUCAGGUUUAUUCUCAAGCUGAAGAACUACACGGAUCCGUCAGCUGCUGUCCACGAGAGAGACUUCUGCGUCCUGUGCAUGCGAUGCCAGGCUCUGCUGCAGAUGGCCAUGUUCCGCUACAGACGAGAUUUGGCGCUCAAACACUCGCAGACGCUCACAGAUCAUUUCAAAAGCUUGUCGUGGUCUGCGUCUCCCUCUGUGUCCAAGUGAGCGUCCUCAUCUCAUCUCAUGGCACCUCACUGAUUCAGAUUGAUGCACUUCUGCUCUUCACAGGAGUGCGGUCUCGUCUCUGGUCGAUCCUCAGAACAUCCAGCAGGUGGCGGUGGCGUACGUCAGCAUCACCGAACUGAGCGCUCUCGAGGCGUGGGAGCAGGCGGACGAUAUCGCUCUCAGAGGCAGCGGUUUGCUGCGAGAGCUGGAUUCAGCCGUCGGUGCUCCGAGUCUGACGUCCUCCACCAGCGCUUUAGUGCGAUACACACGACACGGCCUGCACUGGAUCAGGAACGACACACAGAACCUGCUUCUUCUAGAUAGCGACGUCUCAUUGGUCAAAUCCUUUGGCACUUUUUAAAUAGAGCACCAAGUAUUUCCUGUCCAUCAGUAUUUCCUUUCUUUCUUCAUCUUGGGUCAAGAGCAGCUGAUGUGGAUUGACUCCCAAAUUAGGAUUUUUUUUUUACUUUCUGUGAACUUUAGAAGAUUAAAAUACUGUCAAAAUGGAAUAUCAAUAUGAAACUAUUUGCAUUUAUUUUAAAUCCCACCUGGUUUUCUACAACCUAACUAAACUCCUAAAGGGCAAAAGUCUGAUUUGAUUGUUGAUUAUCAAAUCUUCAUUGAAAGUGGUUUUUGUGCCUUAUUGUUUUGGGUGACUGAGUUCAGUUGA